AGCACGAGGAAAACAUCACAUGUGUAGAAAACAAGUCGUGGAUAGACAGAGGGCGUGACUCCGCCUAUUGAUCAAAGACCAUCCUCCUCCCUUUUGUCUUUUCUUCUGUUUGUUAACUUCUCUAAAAGCCGCGUGGACUUCGGGCGAGCCGCUCGAACCUUUUGGGAGGCCUUCGUUUUCAUUUCGUGGGAUUUUGGCGCAUUGGGGCUGACAAGUCCACUAACGAGAGCAGAGGAGAAGCUAUCUCCUCGUUUCGUAGAAGCUGUGUUUCAUGGAGUCUUUGUGGAAAUUAUUGAUUGCCAUCACAGCAGCGAGAUCUGGAGCCCUGUUAGUGCACCAUCAGAACAAGGUUACUACACGAUGAGUAGCCAGUCGAUGCAGACCCUCAUUGACCCAGUGUUUCGAAGCAAGAUGCCAUUAUUCGACGGGACCAUAGCAGCUGCAGGACUGUCAAAGCCACAAAAUAUGUCUGGUUUCCUGGGUAAGCAGGCACUGCAGUACAGCGGGGCCUACUUCACUUAUGACCCGAGAGGAAAGGAUGGAGCAGGGUUCACCUCUCCUUGGAGCAACUCAAAGACCUCUCUGCUGGAUAGCAGAAGUCCUGUGAGUCACCUCCCUGGCAUGGAGGGACAAAGCCGUGUAAUUUACAGGCAAGACAGUAAUUCCUCAGAGGAAAGUCAUUCUCAUUCUUCCUCUCUAUGUCACGCCCCUGUGAAGCAGGGCUUUACCUUAUACACUAAAAGUCCUGGGAUCAGCAGCCCAGUGGCUGUUAGAAAACAAAAAGCUGGAGGUGAGAAUUCAUCUCCUCCAUCCGAAAACUCUGUCUACUUAGCAAUUCCUAAACCAGUUUAUGGACAUAACCCCUGCUGUAAUGAACUGGGCUGUGUGAUAGGGCAACGAUACAGUGUUGAGCACGGCUCUCCAAGGAUACCAAACGCCGUAUAUGAGCAUGACUGGAUGCAAGUGGAUGCUCACUACACUGAAAGGCCGUCUAUUCAGAGAAAGGCACAAGACACACUGCUGCAACAGAGAGGUUUACAGUUUGAGCCCAGUGCAGAACCACUGAAGAGGAUGACUGUAGAGGCGUACAGCCCAAGUGCAACAAGGACUUUGCCUCCUAUGAUUGACCCAAACUACAGCAGUUACCCCUGCACCCCAACUCGCACACUGUUUGGUUCUUUAAGUGAGCAGAGUCAGCGGUUACGGACCUCCCCCCGAGGCUACCCAGGCCUAUACCCCUCCCAUCCUACAUAUGAGCAUGUGACCUCAGAGGUUUAUCAGGAACGCUCUCCCAUGUCCAAAUAUGGCCAGCUAACACAGCACCCAGUGUUUUACUAUCCCCAGGCAAAUGAGGAGGUACAAAACAGCACACGGUGUAAAAAUAUUGGCAGUAAGCAGAGAGAAGAUGUCCCUGUUAUUCUUAAACACACAAUCUCAAACCCCCGGGAACAUUACAUAGUGCCUCAGUCGCUUCAUGGUGAAAUUCCUUUGCCCUUUCCUAGCACUGAAACGUUGCCAAAUCAUUCUUUUAUGCAGGGUUUUGACUAUCCAUGUUAUGCAGUCCCUAGAUUUCAUUUAAAUGCAAGCCAAAUCAGGACGCCCCUAAAAAGGCAGCAUGCAUCACCUGGUUUUCACACUAACCGCAUAGAUGUUUCCCCAUCCAGUGAACAUAUUGAUCAUCACUUGGCCUCUGCACCCAAUUUACUUAAGGACAAACCCAACACCAGCCGGCAAGUUGACCAAUCACAGCCUCCCUCACCAUUCCUGCGUGUGGACCAAACCAGUCCUGCCAGAUGCAUAAGCCAACCUGGUGUCUCACCACCCAGCAUACAAAUGAACAGAUUUUUUUCCCCACUGUCCAGCCUGCACAUAGACCGACACAUCCUUCCACCACCUGGCUUGAACAGACUCAUGGACUAUUCCUCCUGUGAAACUCAGGUUACAUGCCCGAAACAGCCAAAAGGCCUUCCUGUUUCCCCAGCAGCAUGGCUGCCCCGUUCACCAAGUCACAAUUCAGAUCGCAUCCACACAGCUGUACCUAAUGCAAAUGUCAGAAAAAUUAUUUAUUCCCCUGCCGUUGCAACAGGAAGUAAACACAAUGGCCCUACAUCCAGUUCAGGCACCACUGCUCUUAAAGGGUGCCUAAAGAGAAGUAUUUCUCACUCAUCUUCACCUGUCAAAAUAAAAGAAGAGGGCAGGGAUUUAUAUGAAGUGGAACUCACGAAGAAACGACAAAAGGUGGAAAUGGAGAAUGUCAAAGUAGGAAAUAAAACUGACUCUCCUCCUAUGCCAGUCAUAGACAAUGUCUUCAGUCUGGCACCAUACCAAGCAUACCUGCAGGCAUCUGGAGUGUUAUUUCCGGGCAGAGUCCCUCAGCGAACCGUUCAGUUGUCUGAGCACCGUGAGGUCAAAACCAAGCCAGACAUCAAAGAGAAAAGGCCAGAUCAAGAUGAACAGCAGCCUGUCGCCUGUCCAGCUCCUAAAGAAAUCUGUCCAGUCACUCCAACAGAGAAGCCUGCAGAAAUUUUAGAACCCAAAAACAUUAAAGUGGAAAAAGUAGAUCUAACAGAAACGGGCUACACUAUAGAGUCUCCUGUUAGUCAGAAGGACCAAAAGGACUGCAGCAAAGUCACAGUCAAAAAAGAGCCUGAAGAGAGUGUCUCUUGUGACAGUGGGCACAUGUUGGUGAUAAAGAAAUAUGAACCUGAUGAACCUGAAAGUAAAACCUCAUUAGGAGACGAACAUGAGAAAUCUGAUGAGUCCAAACCUAUUGAGCUGACUGCACAGGUGAAUUCAUUUUCUAAGGGCGACACAUGCUCACUUCAAGAACAAGUGGCCACCCUUCAAUCCAUUACCCCACCUCAGCCAUCUGAGAGCAAGCUAAAUUUCAAAAACAUUCCUCCUCAGUGUCUUAAACUUUCCACCUACAAAAUCAUUCUCCCUGAUAUGAAGCAUUCCAGCUCCGCUCCACCCACGGAGAAGCCACCUGCACAGCUGAUAACUGAUUCCAUACCAAAACUAAAGCUCCAAAUGCCAGUUCGCAAGCAUUUCUUUGAGCUGCACCAUUCCCUCUGCAAGUUAAUAUCCAAAUCUGUGUCAGCCUCUUCAGAGCAGGAGCUCAGAACCUGGUUGUCUCAGUUUGAACUGACAGAACCUGCCUCCCCAUCAACCAAAGUCCAGAAAGUGUCGUGUUUGUUGGGGGUAAAAGCCAGAGAGGCGUGGCUCAACGAGGAGAUGAAGUCAGCACUCCAGAGGGUUCUCGAGAGGUUGAGGGAGUACACCACCCAGGAACGCUGUCCCUUCCCACAUGUCAUGCGAACCGGGGCGGUGUUCCUCCCCAUGCUGGUGAUGAAGGAGCUGCUGUUUCCGAUGGUGCAGGGCGGCUUCAUUGACCAGGUCCUGCAGGAGCACAAAGUGGAGCUGCGACCCACCACGCUGUCCGAAGAGAAGAUUCUCAUCCAGCUUCACAAACGAGCCUGCUCCUCCCGGCUCAGGAGACUGAUGUCCCUCAAACACCUGCCUGACAUCUACGCUGACGUGGUCAACCUUUUGUAUUACACCUGUGUCUGCAAACAUCUGGGAUUAGAUACGGACGAUCCUGCAAACAGAGAAAAAGAUGGUAGUGAGGAGACUCCUGCAUUUUCAGACAUCACUGCCUCACCGGUCUCACCCCCAGAUCCACACCCACAGAGACACCCGAAGGACCAGGAAAGAAAAUCACAAGAAUUCAACAAGAAUAGAACAAAAGGCAGGGUAAAGAGCAGCUCCAGGCGCAUGUUUCUAGACAACAGUUUGUCAGAUGAGGAAGAGGCAGAUUAUACGGAAAAGACUGAAAAUGGAGGUGUGCUGCGUGAAUUAUGCAAGAGAAACUGGAGUGCCAAUCAGCCGGAAGAGGGUGAGAGUAGAGGAAGUGAUGGCGUGGUUGCAGAUCAGGAUUCUUCACUCAUUCCACAAAGCCCAACUUCUGAGAAUUCAUGGACGUGUCCUUUGACCCUGGAUGAGCUCUCUCCAUCUCACAGUGACACAGAAACAGAGGAAUCCUCCAGUCUCCAGCCUGGCACUCAGUCCUCAGGACCAACCAAAUCUCCAGUUAGACCCAAGAAUUGUUCAGGCAUGAUCCUCAAACUGAGAAGGAUGUUUAGCGAAGGCCUUAACAGAAAAAAGGCCCGUUACCAAGCCGUGUCAGACUCUGGGACAUUAUCUGAUCCUUCCAUCUCACAGACUGAGGAUUUGGAGGGAGAGGUGAGCAGUGAGAGGGACCCUCACAGGAGGACCCCCAAAGUAACCCACAGGUGGCAGAGGACCGGAAGCUUCUCUCACGCCUUAAGACCCCUGAGCAGCUCUUCUAAAAGAAAAUGCAGAUCGCUCUUAAAGAUUAAAUACUGUCCCUACUUGUCUGCCUGCCACAGCGCUGAACACAGGAGGCGAUGGGUCCUGCGCUCAGCUGUCCAGAGGGCUCGGGGGGCCAUGAGGUUCUACUACCCAGAUCUGGUGGGAAAGAGGAUCCGCCACCUGUAUGAAGAAGACGACAAAUCAGAAGUGUGGUAUAGAGGAGAGGUGCUGCGUAUCCAUGAGGCCCACACCAACCCUCUAAAGACAAUAUUUGAGGUCAGGUAUGACAGUGAGCCAGAGUGGAAGUACUACCUAGAGCUGCUUAUAGAUUAUAAAAAAGGCUGGCUCAAAAUUGAGGACUAGUUUCCCCAUGAAAAUGUUGCUAUGCCAGUUUUGUUUUUGGUCACUUCUGGGUGCAGUGACAGUUGAAUUUGUUCCUUUAAAUGUUUGGGGUUUUUUUUUUACUUGUAAACAACAGGCUGAUAAGCCCAAAAUAUCUAUUUGGCCUCCUGAAGAAUGAAGUCAGACUGGAUUUUUUUUUUCCUUUUUUGUAAUGAGGUCAGCUCACUUCAGAGCCACAGGGCACAUCCCUCUUUAGAUACGCUUUGUAUACAGCAUCCUGUAGAUGUUUUUAAGCUCUUAUCUUUGACACCUACAGCUUUUUUGGAUCAUUCACAAAUUAGAUUGUGGUUAUGUGAAAGACAUGUCAGUUGUAUCUUUUUAUAAAUUCAACUUAAAGCAAAAAUUAGGUUAUGUAUUUAUUGUCUUUUAAGUCAUCACUAUUCACUUUUCUGGUUUAAAAAGUAACUGGUAGUUUCCCUUUAAGAAAAAAAAAAGUAGAAACCAGCAAAUGACAUGAGGACAUUUUAAAAGGGGUUCACUGUCAAACGGUACCAGCCACAUGUAUAUAGGUUUACAGUAAUAGUGUGCCAGUCUUGUAUGUCAUCAUAGCAAAGAGUGAUUUUUACCCUGAUGAUUAUGGUUGGUGUUUUUUGUUGUGUGUAACUGAAGUUGGACAGGCAUUAAUGUAGUUCUGUACUAAGCUGCUCAAAAGGUCCUUUGAUGACACACAGGCUGAGAUGUCCAAUGUCACUGUGAACCUUAAGACUUUCACCUCAAAUUAUAUUUUAUUUUAAUUUGUAUAUUUUUUUUAUAAGACUUCUGCUGACUGAAUUGUAAAAAUAUUUGUUUUCUUAAAUAAAUGUUUGUAAUGAGUCCAUGUUUUAUGUCAUAUUGUGGAAAUUGUGUUUUUCCCAAAAAUACAUUAUUUUUGACAAUUUCA